UUGAUUCACGGAACUCGAAACUUCGCGCAGUAUUCUUCCUUCUUCCCGCCAAUACAGAACCAGUACGAUUCCAUUUCUCUCUCGGACUCGAUCAUCGGAAGCCGAAAGAGUGAGAUUCAAUGGAGUUUAGUCUGAGCGGAAAUGCUCUCAAGACCUUCGCUCGCUCAGUCACAUGCCUUGCUCGCAUCGGAAACGAGCUCGUCAUCCAAGCUUCUCCGUCGCAGUUCAGCUGGCUUUUUACACCCUCAAUGCAUCACGGUCUGCCUAUCAAGCAAUAACGUUUGAGCCUGGGUUCUUUGAUACUUAUGCCAUUUCUGGUAAUCAAGUGCAAUGCAGUGUUCUUUUGAAGGCUGUCUGCUCUGUUCUUAGAACAUCAAUGGCUAGCGUAGACCAUCUGAGAGUGCGGUUACCAGAUACUUAUGCAUUGAAAAUACAAUGGAGUUUGGAAUGCUUCAAUGGAAUAAAGAAAACAUACUGCAUUUCUUCCAACGUUGAGCCAGACAUACAGCACUUGUCUCUUGACAGGAGACAGUUCCCAAGUGACUUAGUUGUGAGACCUCGAGAUCUGAAUCGAUUACUCUCUAAUUUUCAGUCAUCCUUGCAGGAGAUCACUGUUAUUGCAACAGAACCAACUUCCUUACCUUCUGAAGCUGCAAUUGAGAUUGAAGGAAAGGCUGUUGAGCUUCGAAGUUAUAUAGACCCAACCAAAGACAAUGACGCGCUGCUUCAUACUCAACUCUGGAUAGAUCCUAUGGAAGAGUUUGUCCAUUAUUCUCACAGUGGAGAUCCGGUAGACAUAACAUUUGGAGUAAAAGAAUUGAAGGCAUUUCUUUCUUUCUGCGAGGGCUGUGAAGUUGACAUCCAUCUGUUUUUUGAAAAAGCUGGGGAGCCAAUUCUAUUGGCGCCAAAAUUUGGUCUAGAUGAUGGGUCUGGUACAAACUUUGAUGCUACACUUGUUCUUGCGACUAUGUUAGUAUCACAGCUCCAUGCGGGAAGCCGAUCACAGCCUCCACAAGAGGCUACUACUGGACAGGGUGAAUCUGAUCACAGGACUGGGUCCCAAGCACAGCAGGAUGGGCCCGGAGCUAAUGUUUCUGGCCAUCCAUCUGAUCAUACCAGAAUAUGGUCUGAACUCUCAGGAAGUGCACCAAGAAGUGGGAAUGGUGCUGAAGGGCAGGUACAAGGCCAGAGCAAUUUGAGUUCUUCUGAACAGAUGGAAAUUCAAAGGAUUAGUAAUGUACAGAUUUCAAAAGCUGGGUGCGCUCAGGGAUAUAACCUUGUUGAUCGUGCUAGAGACCAUUCUGUGGGAGGGGAUCUGGGAAGAGAACAUCAAGAGAGGUCUGAUAUAAACGGUCCUGCCGUUUCUCAACAUCAUCCCAGUAACUGGGUAGAUGAAGAAGAUGAGGAUGAUGACAACGAUGAUGGGGAUGAUAACGAGUUGUGUGUUCAGUCAACUCCACCAUACUAUGAAGAACACUAGAAAGGGCCCGACUUCAGAAGACACCAACACUGAUGGCUCAGUCCUAUGGAAGUGUAGCGUAACAUCAACCUGGGUGCCAACUCCCUCUCAUUUAGCUGGUGGUUUGUGUAUCCUUGCCUUAAUCAUUGGGUCAGUUCGGUCAUAAACUGUUGAUAUUUAACCAGUUCCAUUAAAGUUGUAAACAGAAUCUGCUGUUGGUUUUGGGAUCUUUUGCAUUGAUAUGAUGAUUUCAGGUAUUUUUUUUUUGUUGUAAAUUGUCAUAAGUUUUGAUUUGAUUUGGUUAUUUAGAUUAGAUUUGAUUUGGUUAUUUGAAUUAGAUUUAGUCCUAUCGGAAUUUGAUAUCGGGAUUUGGGAAUGUUUUGUGGGUCACAUUAUAUUUUGAGUGACAUAUUGGUGAGUCUUUGUAGUGUGAUAAUGAGGUAUUCACUUGAAACACAUUGUUUGAUUAGUGAUUGGUUUCUACCUGUGGAUGUAGGGGAACUUCUUCUAUCCGAACCACGUAAAUAUCUUGGUGUCUCUUUGUGUAAUUCCGUUCAUUGGUGUUGUGAGUACAUUUGUUUCGCUUGUUCUGCUUUCGGUGCACUAACAUUUUUUAAUGUCAUCUUAUAGAUAUGAUGGGCAUUCCGGAAAAGCUGGAAGAGCAAAAGCUUUUUACCGGAGAAA